AUGCCUGCGACGAUGACAUCCCGCGUUCUGCUGCUCGUUGGCGUCGUCCUGACGGCGCACAAGUUUUUGUGCACGGCGUACGUCGGCGGCGAUGGGUUCAGCGUGGAGUUCAUCCACCGUGACUCCGUCAAGUCGCCGUACCGUGACCCAUCGCUCACCGCGCCCGCCCGCGUGCUCGAGGCCGCGCGCCGGUCCACAUCGCGCGCCGCUGCGCUCUCGCGCUCCUACAGCCGCGCCGACGCACCAUCAGCCGACGGGGCCGUGUCCGAGCUCACCUCCAGGCCCUUCGAGUACAUGAUGGCCGUGAACGUGGGCACGCCGCCCACCCGCAUGCUCGCCAUCGCCGACACCGGCAGCGACCUCAUCUGGCUCAACUGCAGCAACGGAGCCGGCGCUCCUGGUCUGGCGGCCGCCCGUCACGCCCGCGCGCCCGCUCCCGCUCCAGCCCCCGCGCCGCCGCCGGGCGUCCAGUUCAACUCCUCCAAUUCGACGACGUUCGGUCUCGUGAGCUGCGGCUCCGGCGCAUGCCGCGCGCUCCCGGAAGCCUCCUGCGCCGACUCCAAGUGCGGGUAUCUCUACUCCUACGGCGAUGGCUCCCAGUCGACGAGCGGCCUCCUCUCUACAGAGACCUUCACCUUCGCCGACGACCAAGGCAACCGCGGCGAUCGGGCGAUGCGCGUGGCCAACGUCAACUUCGGCUGCUCCACGACCAUGAUCGGCUCGUUCAUCGGGGACGGCCUCGUCGGACUCGGCGGCGGCGACCUCUCCCUCGUCAAUCAGUUAGGCGCAGACACAUCGCUCGGCCGGAGGUUCUCCUACUGCCUCGUGCCCUACUCCAUCAACGCCUCCUCCGUGCUCAACUUCGGUCCCCGCGCCGCCGUGACAGAGCCCGGCGCGGCGACGACGCCGCUGAUCCCAUCCGAAAUGAAGACCUACUACACCGUCGACCUCCGGUCCGUCAAGAUCGGGAACAAGACCUUCGCGGCGCCGCAGCAGUACCCCGUCAUCGUCGACUCCGGCUCGACGCUGACGUACCUCGCGAACGAGCUUGUGGACCCAUUGGUGAAAGAGCUAACCCGGAGGGUCAAGCUCCCGCCGGCGAAGUCGCCGGAAGAACUCCUGCCACUGUGCUUCGACGUGAGCGGUGUAGGAGAGGGGCAGGUUGCGGCGAUGAUCCCUGACGUUACGCUGGAACUGGGCGGUGGCGCGGCGGUCACGCUCAAGUCCGAGAACACGUUCGUAGUUUUGCAUGAGGGGACCCUGUGCUUGGCGGUGGUGGCCCUGCAGUUUCCUCCUGUGUCCAUCAUCGGGAAUAUUGCGCAGCAGAACAUGCACGUUGGGUACGACCUCGACAAGGGCACCGUGACCUUCGCCCCAGCAGACUGCGCCAGCGCCAGGUCCUCUGGCUCUGUGUAUAUCUAA